ACCACAACCUCGACCAACAUGUGGUCCGGUACACCCAAGCUCGCCUUCGUCGCCCUCCUCGCGGUGAACUGCGUCCUCUGGUCACAGAGCAAGUACAGCCAAGUCGGCACGCGAUCACCGUUCUUGGCUUCAAGCAUCGCCAAGCGAAGCUACACAGAGGGACCCCUCAGCUCGUUCAGUGAGGAAUGCCAUCCGCUCUCAGUACCCCUCGCGGAUCAAUGUGCCCAUGUCCGGGACGCCUGUGCCAUGGAGCGCACAUUCCUCUCCAUCGGCUACCUUGAGUCCUACUUCUGCUCUGAACUGCCCAUCCGACCUCUAGUCUUCGUUGGCUAUGCGCUCUGGCUCGGAUUCCUCUUCUCUACACUCGGUAUCAGCGCCUCCGACUUCUUCUGCCCCAACCUCGGAACUAUCGCACACUUGCUAGGUCUCGACGAGAAUGUUGCUGGCGUUACGUUCCUCGCGUUUGGGAACGGCAGCCCAGACAUGUUUGCAACGUUCUCCGCCAUGCGGUCCAAUUCCGGAGGCCUCGCGAUUGGGGAGCUGCUCGGAGCUGCGGCUUUCAUAACGUCGUGCGUGGUCGGCUCCAUGUGCAUCAUCAAGCCGUUCAAGGUAAUUCGCGGACCAUUCCUGCGAGAUGUCGGCUUCUUCACCGUGGCCGUCUCUAUCCUCUUGGUCGUGCUGUGGGACAACAAACUGGAAGCGUGGGAGGCCGCGGCGAUGAUCGUGCUAUACGGAGUCUACGUAACCUCUGUGAUUGCGUCGAGUUGGUGGCGGAAGCGACAGGAGAAUUGGCGGAAGUACGAGUCUCUUAUGCGCAGCGAGUAUGCCGAGGAAGAGCCGUACCAUGACGAGGAACCCAUCUUCGAACCAUCACCCUCGCUCUCCCCUGACACCCUCAAUGUACCAUCCAGCCAUUCGCGCGCCCGCGCAAUCUCUCACCCGGAACCUCCCCGUUUGGGGCUCCAGACCGACCUUCCCCCACGGCCCCGAACCCGAUCAUCCUCACCCUCUUCAUCCCCGCGACUUAGUCACAUGCCAUCCUUCUCACUAGUCGGUGCUCUAGAGUUCCGACGCGUUGUCUCGUCUUUAAACAAGGACUCCGCCUCCUCCCGCUUGAGCGUCUUUGAGAGUCCUCUCACCCCCUAUGGAGGACCGCACUUGCGCCACGCCCGUACCACAUCAGGGUCCCGCACACCUUCGCGAACGCCACAUAGACAAAGUCGCGACCUGGAGCAAGACCCAUGGGACGCUGCGCUCGGCGUACCUCUGGACGAGCGUUCGCCACUCACAAUUCUCGCCCCUACGAUCAGCGAAGAGCCGCAAGAAUCGGGCGAACACAGUCCCCUUCCCGUAAUCUCGCGCACCCCCGCGUCGCCUGUUUCGGAGACCGACUCCGAAACCCAGACGUUCAUUACGCCCUCUCGCAGAUCGCGAGCGUGGGCCACCUUUGCGCACGUCGGGCACAUCCUCUUCCCUACGCUGCAUGAGUUCGGGGGCAAGUCCUUUUUGGGCAAGGUCGCGGCUGUAUUCGCCGCGCCUGCGACGAUGAUGCUGACGCUCACUCUGCCGGUCGUCGUAACCGCAUACGAGGAUGCUGGGGCGACAGAGAAGCGGAAGGCUAGGAAUGCGAGCGAAGGCCGGUUGGUCGACUUUGAGGAGGAAGGCAUGGAGCGGACGUUGAUUGCGGAGGAAGAGGUCGAGGAAGGGAUGCAUGAGAUGAUAUUCAACAAGUGGCUGUUGGCCGUCCAGUGCUUCUUGGGGCCGCUGUUCUGCGCGGUGGUUAUGCUCGACGGCAUAAAGUACGAGGGGUUUUGGCUCUUGGCAAUCGGAACGACGGGUUUCACAGCAGGGAUCCUCGUCUCUGUAUUCGCGAAGUCCGGCAGGUCCCCUGCUUCCCAGCUUGCGCGCUGUGCAAUGGGCUUCACCGUUGCCGUCAUCUGGAUCAUGGCUAUUGCCGACGAAGUCGUCAAGGUCCUUCAGACGUUCGGCUUCAUCUUCGGACUCUCAGACGCCAUCAUCGGCAUCACCGUAUUCGCUAUCGGGAACUCCCUGGCCGACCUCGUCGCGAACAUGUCCGUCGCGGUGUUCGCGCCAGUCAUGGGCUUCUCCGCCUGCUUCGGCGGCCCGAUGCUUAACAUCCUCCUCGGCGUCGGCAUCUCGGGCUCGUACAUCGUCCGUCAAACGGGCGAGCCGUACCCGCUACACUUCUCCCCCACCCUCGUCAUGACAGGCUCCGGUCUACUCCUGUUCCUCCUCGCGACGCUCAUAUUCGUCCCGCUGAACGGCUACCACCUGCCGCGCAGCUGGGGAAUCACGCUCAUCUGCGCAUACCUGUGCCUUAUGGUCGCGAACAUCAUCGUGGAGGUCAAGGUCGAGCAGCAGUAGAGGCGCCAGUCGUCAGGUAGGAGAGGUAUACUGUCGGACCGUAGAACACGGACACGGCCCUCGCGUGCCGUGUCAGCAUCGUGGACUUUACUCACACCAGCCUCUGUCAUGUUUCGUCGCAGGAUGUUAUCUAUCUAUUAUUGCGCUAUCUAGCAUAUCCAUACCAGAGACCCGUAAUGAUUGUACGAGGAUGCUCACCCAUGUACGUAGAACCGCAGACUAUGUGAU